AUGGGGAGACAUAACAUGGAAGUUCCUCUUUUAGAUUCGGUGCCAAAUCAGAAGAACAAUAACAGAAACAACCAUGGGAGUACAGCUCUCUGGUUCUUUCUUGUCUGUGCAACCUUUUCAAUCGCAGGCCUAAUAAUAUUUGAAGACGACUUUAGUUAUAAUGGAGGAAGCAAAAACAAUGAAAGGGUUGGAGUUCGUGGCCCCGACAGCGUUGAGUCGGAGCACGGCGUUGUUGCUGCUGAUGACGGUCGAUGUUCCGAAGCCGGUGUGCUUAUGCUCAAGAAAGGUGGACAUGCGGUGGAUGCUGCGGUGGCAACGGCGUUGUGCAUCGGAGUUGUCAACCCAAUGUCUAGUGGGAUUGGAGGUGGAGCUUUCAUGGUUGUUAGGUCUUCAUUGACUUCACAAGUCCAAGCCUUUGAUUCGAGAGAAACCGCCCCCUUAGCUGCUUCGCAGAACAUGUAUGCGAAUGAUACGAGAGCCAAGUACCAUGGUGCAUUGUCGAUGGGAGUUCCUGGUGAGAUCGCUGGCCUUCAUGAAGCUUGGUCGAGAUAUGGUCGACUAGAUUGGAAGACACUAUUUGAGCCUGCAAUAAAACUAGCUAAAGACGGAUUUUCCGUCGGACCAUAUCUCGGAUUAAACCUUGCUUCGUAUGCGCAGAGGAUCAUGAAUGAUCCUGGCUUAAGGCAAAUGUUUGCACCGGAGGGGAAGUUGUUACGAGCAGGUGAAAAGUGCCAGAGAGUAGAGCUAGCCCACAGCCUUGAGGAACUGGCAGAACAAGGACCGGGGGCCUUAUAUAAUGGAACCGUCGGAGAAAAAUUGGUCGAAGAUGUGAGGCAGGGUGGUGGGAUUUUGACAAAGGAGGAUUUAAGGAAUUACAAGGUUGAAAUUACAGAUGCAAUUUUUGCAAAUGUGAUGAAUUACACUAUAUAUGGAAUGCCACCGCCUUCGACCGGAACGCUUGGACUGGCUCUGGUUAUGAACAUCUUGGACAGCUAUGGAAGUGCCAAUGCUGCAAAGGGCGAUCUCCGAAUGCAUCGCCUGAUUGAAGCUUCGAAACACAUGUUUGCCGAAAGAAUGAACUUGGGUGACCCUGAUUUUGUUAACGUAACCAAAUAUGUAUCCGAAAUGCUUUCUGUUUCUUAUGCAAAGCAAAUCCAGGAGAAGAUAGUUGACAACACAACUUUCCCUGCAAGCUAUUAUAUGUACAGAUGGAGUCAACUUAGAGACCACGGAACUAGCCAUUUCUGCGUUGUGGACGCAGAUCGCAAUGCCGUGUCGAUGACCACCACUGUAAAUUUCCCUUUCGGAGCUGGAGUGCUAUCGCCUUCCACUGGGAUUCUCAUUAACAAUGGGAUGGGUGAUUUCUCAGCACCAACAGAGAUCUCCCCAGACAUGCUCCCUCCUGCUCCGGCAAAUUUCAUUAGACCAAACAAGAGACCUCUAUCUUCCAUGGCACCACUUAUUAUUACCAAGGAUAAUCAGCUGGCAGGAGUCAUUGGUGGCAGUGGUGGAAUGAAAAUAAUACCAGCGGUAGCCCAGGUUUUUCUAAAUCAUUUCGACUCGGGGAUGCAACCCUUAGCUGCAGUUCAACAUCCAAGGAUCUACCACAAGCUAAUACCAAAUGUAGUUUCCUAUGAAAACUUGACUUGCAUCAAUGGUGAUCACAUCGAGCUUGCAGAGGAGACAAAGGUGUUCCUCGGAGACAAGGGGCAUCAGCUGCAGCCCAUGUCAGGUGGAGCUGUUGUUCAGUUCGUUGUACAAACACUCCAAGAACCGAUAGACACGGGUCGUAAAUUCGGAGAAGAUCCGAACAUAUUUCGUGGAAAAUUAACCGCUGUUAGUGACCCUAGAAAAGAUGGCAAGUCUGCUGCCCUUUGAAUAACUUGCUAAGCA